AUGGACCCCGCACAGGAGCCGCUCGCCGGAGGCGGUGGCCUCCAGCGCCGCGCCGCGGCCGCCUCGAGGAGCGGAGGGGGGCCACAGGAGCCGCCUCCGCGCGGGCAGCGUCCCAUCCACCCGGACGUCGACCCGCCGCCGCGGCCGUGGCCCUGGAUGCAGAAGCUGGCCAUCGUCGCCAUCGUCGCACUCGGGUGCCUCCAGUUUCUCCCGGCCACGCACCUCCGGGACCCCAACGACCCCCAGCGCAACUGGAUUCGCAUUGACGGCUCGCGAAAUCCAACGGGUUCUUUAAAUUAUGUUGGAAGUGUAGAUGUCUUCUCUUGGAUAAGCUGUCUGGAUCUUCGCACUCUCGCUGUGCUGACAAAUUCCACUCUGUCCAGCUCCAGUGAUCCACAAAAUAUAUCUUUCCAUUUCUUAAUACCUGAAGGAGGCAACGAUAAAUCGUCCUACCACAAGCUAAAAGUCUUGCUACCUGAUUCAGAUCUCACUGUUACUAGUCAGAAGCAAAUCAAGCACAAGCUAAAUGUUGCCACUCCAGAAGGAAACUUUCUUUGGUUAUUCCACAUGGAAUUGUCACCCUUUCUUAUUGCAAAAUCUCAGUUGUCCAAAAAGAGAUAUGUUUAUAUCGCUGCAGACUCCAUCAUAAAGGGUAAAGUAGAAGAUCUUGGUCGCAUGGACUUAGGCAGUUAUGCCAUCGGUGCUGGCGUAGAUUGCAGCAAACGUCUCAAUGAUUAUAUCAGUAUGGAUGUUCUUAGUGCCAUACAAAGAGCAGGAGCUGCACAAAGUUGGGUGCCAAAAGAACCUUAUAACAAGGAUGCAUGCCUACUUGAUUUUGAUGUGCUCUUGAUAGAGCCUCGUAAGCUGGAGAAAAACCUGGUUGCUUCCAUCAUGUGGUGGGUUAAUGCCAUUAAUUUAGCCAAUCAAAGGGACCAGAUUAGGUUGGCCGUAACUCUGGCCUUCAAUGAUAAGUACACGAAGCUCCCUUCAAACUGGAAGCGCACAGAUGGUAACACUGAUAUCCUCAACUUUGAUGGACCCAAGAAUGUUUGUUCUGAAGAUGGACGUCAGCGUGAGCAAUCAGGCUACGGUGCAACCUGGCAGCAAUACCUAAACCAGAAAUUUGAAGCCAUACUGAACACCUAA